CACCGAUUCCGGCUUUACUCACAAGAGGGGGCGGUCCCGUUGGCACGUUCUAUUCUGCUAAAGGCUGAAGUUACCCUUAAGGUCCCACUUUAAUGGGUUACGCGCUAAAAAAGACUUUUGGAAGAGCUACAGGGAAAUUUACCACCGUAUCUUAUUCCGGACACUGCAGUUUUCUCGUUUGAGUAAGACUGACUAACUCAGCGUGAACUGUCCCUAAUAAGUACCUAACAAACCACGCGUCUGUGGUUUGCGUUUUAUUGCUAUUUUGUGCGCAAGUGCAAUUUUUGAGAAAUUAAAUAAGCAAACGUAAAUUAAAUUAGACACGCACGGGCUAUGCAGCCCGGCCGUUUGAAGACAGCCUGACUCGUUUGAAUCAGGCUUCAUAUUCGCAGCAUAUUCCAAUAAUUGGAAGACAGAGGUGUCCCGCGGAGCGGUGCGGACUCUGCAGCUCAGGCCGGCAGCGCUGACAUGCUGCCUAAAGUCGAUACGGAAUCCCUGGGACUCUCUCGAUCGUAUGGCGAACAACGGCGCAUGCCAAGGAAUAUGCAAGCCCACCAGUUAAAAAUGAUGGACUACUCCUAUGACGAAGACUUGGACGAGAUGUGCCCCGUGUGUGGAGACAAGGUUUCAGGCUAUCACUACGGACUACUGACCUGCGAGAGCUGCAAGGGCUUCUUCAAGCGCACCGUCCAGAACAACAAGCGCUACACAUGUAUAGAGAACCAGAGCUGCCAGAUUGACAAGACCCAGAGGAAGCGCUGCCCGUACUGCCGCUUCCAAAAGUGCCUCACCGUCGGCAUGAAGCUAGAAGCUGUUCGGGCGGACCGCAUGCGUGGCGGUCGCAACAAGUUUGGCCCGAUGUACAAACGGGACCGAGCCCUCAAGCAGCAGAAGAAGGCUCUGAUCCGAGCCAACGGCCUGAAGAUUGAGGCCAUGACUCAGGUGAUGCAAGCCGUGCCCACUGACCUCACCAUCUCCUCAGCCAUCCAGAACAUCCACUCGGCCGCAUCCAAGGGCCUUCCACUAAGCCACCACCCUGGCCACCACACCGGUCACCACCACCACCACCACCACCAUCAUGCCACUGCCCUGCCCCCCACAGACUAUGAUCGCAGUCUAUUCGUCACUUCGCCAGUCAGCAUGACUAUGCCCCCACACGCCGGCAGCCUGCAGGGUUACCAGGCGGCCUACGGACACUUCCAAGGCACACGCACCAUCAAGUCAGAGUACCCAGACCCGUACACCAGCUCGCCGGAGUCCAUCAUGGGCUAUGCCUAUGUCGAUGCCUACCAAACUGGCUCGCCACCCAGCUUUCCUCACUUGAUCGUAGAGCUGCUCAAGUGUGAGCCAGAUGAGCCGCAGGUACAGGCCAAGAUCAUGGCCUACCUUCAGCAGGAGCAGGCCAGCCGAGGCAAACACGAGAAGCUCAACACCUUCGGCCUCAUGUGCAAAAUGGCCGACCAGACUCUCUUCUCCAUCGUAGAGUGGGCACGCAGCAGCAUCUUCUUCCGUGAGCUCAAGGUGGACGACCAGAUGAAGUUGCUGCAGAACUGUUGGAGUGAACUUCUCAUCCUCGACCACGUCUUUCGGCAGGUGAUGCACGCAAAGGAGGGCUCCAUCCUAUUGGUCACUGGCCAGCAGGUGGACUAUGCAGUGAUUGCUUCACAGGCGGGAGCCACCCUCAACAACCUGUUGAGCCAUGCCCAGGAGCUGGUGGCCAAGCUACGCUCUCUCCAGCUAGACCAACGGGAGUUUGUCUGCCUCAAGUUCCUGGUCCUCUUCAGCCUGGAUGUCAAGAACCUUGAGAACUUUCAUCUAGUAGAGAGUGUCCAGGAGCAGGUCAACGCAGCGCUGCUGGACUACGUCAUGUGUAACUAUCCGCAACAAACGGACAAGUUUGGCCAGCUGCUCCUCCGGCUGCCUGAGAUCCGAGCCAUCAGCCUGCAGGCCGAAGAAUACCUUUACUACAAACACCUGAACGGGGAUGUGCCCUGCAACAAUCUGCUCAUUGAAAUGCUUCAUGCAAAGAGAGCUUAAGAGAGGACUGCACCACACGUAAUGCAGCUGUGCAAACAAUUUCAGUUCCGCUGCUGCAAAUAACUGAACCUCCAUCUCAGAGUGGACUGAGUGAUGACCUGGAGGAUGGAGAGCAGAGAUUGUUAGCAACUUUUGUUUAUAUAAAGCUCAUUUUGAUUUUGAAGUUACAACUUGGAAUACAGAUCUGGAUAAACACACAAGCACAGAGACAAAUAAUGUGUAAACACUAACAGUAUAUGGAUCCUUUUAUUCUAUUAAAAAAAAAGUCUGAAAGAAAAGCCUCUUCUCCUCCACAAAAAAGACAAUAUUAAAAGUAAGAGGAGAAAAACACUUGAAACAAAUGUGGCUCAAGAUGGGAUCCAAUCAUCUGGAAAAGAACACAUUAUCAGGCUGGCAGGUUGAAACUUAAGAAAUAACCACUCUUAAAUGUUUGAGCACUGUGGACAUUUUGAGAUGCCAUUUGUGCUAAGACAGGAAGCUGAGAAACACCACCUAUCUUUCGGACAGACAGCUUUGUGACUAGAGCGGUGGCUUUUUUGGUCGAUGAUCCUCCGAAUGCUCUCUCACUGAAACCAGCUUUUAGCUGUUGUUGGUACUGUAAAGAUGAACGGACAGCCAGUCAACCAGGCCAAAGACUCUAACUUACUAUCACAUCUGUUUUUUGAACUCACAAAACACGCCUGCCACGGCAGCUUGAUCUGACUGAGGGACGAACUGAAAAAAAAAAAAGUCUAAAAAAGAAACAGUCUUUAUUGAACAAAAU